AUGGCGCUUGGUGGUUUGCAAUCUGUUCGCGAUGCUUUAAUUCUUGCCAGACACGAGCAGUGUAUUUCUGAUACCGAAUUUGUUUUGCUGUUCGAGUAUAACUUGUCCAAACCUUUAUUCCCAUACUGGAAAUUUGAAUUCUUUGAUCUGGAUUCUUGGGAUGAUGAAGAAUGCAAGAUCGAGCUGAGAUUUUCCAAGUCAGACCUGGCUUUGUUACAGCGUUUGCUCGGAAUUCCUGAAAAGAUUACAUGUCAGCAAGGAAGUAUAUGUUCUGGAAUCGAAGGACUAUGCAUUUUCCUAAAAAGACUUGCUUACCCAUGUAGAUAUCCUGAUAUGGCUAUACGUUUUGGUAGAAACCCAACUGAGAUAUGCCUCAUAUUUAACGAAGUUCUGGAUUUGGUAUAUGAUGCACACCACCACCGCCUGGAGAGUUGGAAUCAGCCUUUUUUGUCACCAGAGCUGCUCCAAAAUUGUGCUGAUGCAGUACAUGACAAGGGUGCCCCAUUGGAAAACUGCUUUGGAUUUAUCGAUGGCACUGUUCGCCCAAUUGCUCGACCGAAAUACUACCAGCGACAAAUGUACAAUGGUCACAAGAGGGUGCAUUCCAUAAAAUUUCAAAGUGUUGUGCUGCCUAAUGGUCUUAUUGCUAACCUUGCUGGGCCUUACGAAGGUAAAAGACACGACAGUACAAUGCUUCGUGAAUCAGGGCUUCUAGCUUCCUUACGGCAGGUUGCCUUCCACAACAACCAACCGCUUUGUCUCUAUGGUGAUCCAGCUUACCCACUGGGAAUUCAUUUGCAAGCACCGUUUAGAAAUAGGGAGCUUACACCUGAAAUGAUGGAGUUCAACAAAGCUAUGAGUACUGUGAGAGUCUCAGUUGAGUGGAUGUUUGGUAACAUCACAAAAUAUUUUAGCUUUGUGGACUUUAAAAGGCAGAUGAAAGUAAAUUUAAGUGCUAUCGGAAAAAUCUAUUGUGUGGCUGCAUUACUCCAGAAUGCUCAUACCUGUCUGUAUGAGAACAUUGUAUCCCAAACAUUUCAACUACAGUCACCAACAAUUAAUGAAUAUUUUUGGUGA